CUUCCCCCUCAGACCAUAACUCACUUUCAAUUUUCGUCUAUACGCUACUGUCUUUUCUGUCACUUUACUUCACUUCAUCCACCAUCUUCUUUCUUUAAAGCAGUCUUUUCUUCCCAUACAAAACCGCACACCAUGCGCACAUUCUUUCUCAUCCUUGGAGCGUUGGCUCUUACAGUUAAUGCAAAUACAUAUCCUGAUUGCGUAAGUGAAAGUUCUUCAAACUGAUCUUGAAAAAAGUGACUAAUGAAUACUUCACUUUCAGGAGCCAGACAAUUGCUAUAGAGCAUUGACUCCCAAUAGUAACCCAGAAGUCCUCGCCGCAGCACCUGCUUUCUGCAAAAGCUUUUUGAGUGGAGUUACCACCACUACUGCUGGACUUCCAGACUAUGUGUUCAACUGCUAUAAUGAGCAACCGUUGAGUUCGGGAAUAUCUGCGAUAAGCUCGGCAUGCUCUUGCAUCACUUAUACAGCAACCCAUACUGCUUCUCCAAUCACCAGCUCAACAUCCGUGCCUGCGACGACAACUUCUUCAAGUGAGACUCUGUCAAGUAGCUCAGUUCUCACAUCAUCUAGCACCCCAUCAAGCACACCACCAUCAUCCACGCCUGCUUCAACCACUUUCUCCUCUACUAGCUCGUUGGAAACCCCAAGUUCGUCAAGCGUUCAGAGCUCGCCCUCUUCAUCCACAUCUAGCGAGUAUUCAACUUUCAGCUCUACCUCGUCAGCGCCUGGCUCUUCCUUCUCGACUCUGAGUGCUCCGUCCUCGACGUCUAGUUUCUAUUCUUCUUCCCCAAUCAGCUCUUCCUCUUCACUAGCUACCUCGUCAUCUUCUGCAGUCGGGUCUUCAUCUUCAAUUAUUAGCUCGUCCUCUUCUACGGCAAGCUCUACUUUGAAUUCUGCAGUAUCCUCCUCGUCUAGCGAGAGUUUGACAACAUCUACGGUUACAGCAACUCAGACUUAUACAAUUUCCAGCUGUGCUCCAACCGUGACAAACUGCCCAUAUACGACCAAGCCAGUCGUUACUAGUUCUGUAUCCACCUACACUACUAUCUGCCCUGUUUCUUCUACGCACGCCCCAAGUAGCCCUGUUUCUUCUCGGCCGAUCCCAAGCAUCUCAGUCAGCGGUGUUUCUAGUAGCGAAAGUUUAACAACGAGUGUCAUUACUACGACUCAAGUCUACACAAUCUCUAGUUGUGCCCCAACCGUUUCGGAUUGUCCAUACACCACAAAGCCGGUCGUCAGCAGUACUAUUGGUACCUAUACAACGAUUUGCCCAGUCACUUCAACGCCUUCGCCAAGUUCUAGCCAACAAUCGAUCACCAGCGUUAUUACUACGACCCAGGUCUACACAAUCUCCAGUUGUGCUCCAGCAGUGUCAAACUGCCCUUACAUCAGCAAGCCUGUAGUAACGAGUGCUGUUAGUACAUACACUACAAGCUUCCCGGUUACUCAAACUCCUCUCCCAAGUUUCAGCCAACAAUCAAUUACCAGUGUUACGAGAACUCAAAGCUACACGAUUUCUAGCUGUGCCCCAGGAGUAUCCAAUUGUCCGUACACCACCAAGCCUGUAGUGAAGAGUGCUAUUAGUACAUACACUACAAGCUUCCCGGCCACUCAGACUCUUCCUCCAAGCUCUAGUGAACAGUUAACUACGAGUCUUAUUACGACGACUAAAGUGUAUACGAUUUCAAGCUGCGCUCCCACGGUCUCAAAUUGUCCAUAUACCACAAAGCCUGUCGUUACGAGCCUAACGAGUGUUUAUACGACAAUUUGCCCUGUUACUCCUUCGCCAACCCCAAGCAUCGCACAGUUGACGACGAGUGUGAUUACCAACACAAAGAUUUACACCAUUUCAAGCUGCCCAUCAACAGUCCCCAAUUGUCCAUACACCACGUCACCUGUCGUUAGCAGCUCGAUUUCUGUCUAUACUUCAACCUUCCCAGUCCCAAGCUCGCCUCCUCAGCUGACGACUGCUGUUUUUUCAAGCACAAUUACUUACACCAUCUCUUCAUGCCCACCAGACGUAAAGAACUGUAUAUACACAACCCAACCAAUAACCACCACGGCGGUCAGUGUAUAUACAUCAAUCAUCCCAGUCGAGACGCCUGUCGUCAGCUCUGCGAGCCCCGUGAGCUCCACGUCUACAAUUUACGGUACAAGUACAUACCGAGUCACAUCGUGUGCACCAACCGCAUCGAACUGCGUCGUUGGAUCCAUUCUCGCAGUCUCGACUUAUCCCCUUACCACGACGAUUGUAGUUAGCUCGCCUAUUUCUACGGUGACGGCUACGCUUCCACAUGGAGAUUCCAAAGUUACUCUUACAUACAAAGCCCCAACCUCGGUUAUCACCAGUGCUGGGAGCCAAGGGACUGGAGUGCAGCCUCCGCAAAAUACCGUGCAGCCUUCGCAGACUACAUCUGCGCCUCCUCUCGAGGUGACUGGCGCUGCGGGCCGAAUGGGAGUUGAGAAGAUGGCUGCUUUUGUGGGAAUUGUUGCUUUUGUUUUGUGAGGGAAUUGAAUCAGGGG